CACGUGACUCGUGAAUUCACCUCGGUUAUGCCUCCCACAGUAUUUAGUACAGAGGCAGGUCUUGCAACUUCUACAUCAAUUAUUGCUCCAGCUCUACGAAGAUUUGGAAGGGUUCUCAUCUUCGAAACCUCCUGUCCUCGGCUUUCCGCUGUCAUCAUCCUGGCAGCAAUUUCAUUCCUCCGCAUGCACCGCAUCUUUUGGUUAUGAGACACUCUCUGGGCCAUUUCAAACCGUUCCAUCGUCAAUUCUGGCGGAGAUGGGCCAGAUAUAGUUCCUCGAAGAGCCAGUCACGCUUCGCGACACCUUUCGACUUUCUCAAGGGCCUCAGUCUGAAACCACCGCAAGGUACAUGGGAUACAUACAAUAUCGACGGCUUCUUUCAGGUCCUUAGCAAUCACCUUGCAUUAGCUCCACAGAAGGGCGCCGUACAUCCUGGAUUCCAACAGGUAUCAUUCACUGAAUUUCUGAGAGAAAGUGAUCUUUGCGCUGAUGGAGGCGACCGUCGGUACGCACCUGGCGACGAGUGGAAACUCCGCGUAUGGGCCGGUGGCUUUAUGGUGUUUAACGAAGCAUUCAUACACCCCUCCCGCUCACCAUUGAUAUAUACGCUUGAACGAGUUAGGAGUGUACGGGUCGUUGGCAAUCCCGCCGACAAGGAUUCCAAAGUCUUCGUUACCUUGACCAAAACGUACCACGAGGCUGAAAAUAUUCCGGGCUCUACCAACCUACGGCCCAAGCGGGGUAGAAAACCCAUCAUCAAAGAGGACAAGCACCUUUGCUUCUUGCGAAAUAUCCCAUCCAGCCUCCGGUCUCUCGACACUCUUCGCAGGAUACAGCCACCAUGUGAUCCCUUUGAUGCUCAGACCAUGAAACCCACGGCAGCAUUGCUUUUCAGAUUCAGCGCUCUCACCAGCAAUGAUCACAGAAUUCAUGUCGAUCCUGACUUCACCCGGCAGGAGUACGGAAUUCCAAACCUGCUUGUCCAUGGCCCGCUCACCGCGGUACUCAUGCUGGAAGUACUCCGAAAAGGUCACGGACUCUACACCGAACUCAAGCCUUACCGUCUUGCGGUCACAGAAUUCUCCUACAAGAAUUUGUUGCCCAUCUUCGUCAACGAGACCAUAACCAUCGCGUGUAAGCCCUCGGAGCCUCAGUACAAACCAUCGAUGGGUGCCACGCUCGAUAGAUGGAAUGUCUGGAUACAGAAGGGUGAAGGUGAAAAUGUCACAGUGGUGGCCCAAGGUCAGGCUACCUUAGCACGUCAAGAAAAACCGCCUGGUACUGUGGACGAGACGGAGCCGGACUGGGACGUUGGUGAAGAAUCGCUUGACGAAGAGUAUCAUCGUUUGACACAAUACUGAAGUCUUACACGAGCACCGCCGCUCUAGAUGCUGCGUGAACGAAACAUCAAAACCGUCUGCCCAGGCGCCACUGAAAAGGAACGUGUUUGACGCGACGGUUCGAUGUUAGAAUUUGGUUAUGGACAAAUUCGCAUCGGAACAAUCUGGCAACAACCGAUCCUGUUAGAGGUGUGCUGAAACCAAGUCGACCCUUUUUGGACGACUGUUAUUCGAUGACCGGACGUGUCCACAAGGGCCUAUAAAGCGCGACGUGGCAAUUAGGAGGGCCAGAGGGUCA